AUGGUUGGCAUAGGAUGCAUGGCGGGAGUAGGAGUAUUUCACCCGAGUUGGCAGCAUCACCGAAUUCGAAUCCUCGCUUCAAAAUCUGAAGAAGAGGCAGUAAAAGUAGCACGGUGGUGGUCGUUGGUGUCUGCCUCUGCAUACGAGACUCAUCAUCGUUGCCGAGUUAGACCCAGGCUCCGGCGUCCGUGUUGUGUGCCUGACAAUAGAGACGCUGGGGAGGAAGGAACCUCUACUUCUGAACGACUAGAGUUAGAAUGGAAGCUCCUCACCAGAAGGAUUGGAGAUUCCGGAAUUAUUUCUUCGUGUUUGGUCGGUCUCCUCACCGGCGUCGCUGUCGUGCUUUUCAAUUAUGCUGUCCAUGAAAUUCGUGAUUUGUUCUGGGAUGGGAUUCCUAAUCGAGGCGCCUCAUGGUUGAGGGAAGCGCCUAUGGAGACAACACGGGCACGAGUAGUACUAGUUCCGGCUUUUGGAGGCGCUAUUGUGUCUGUGCUAAACCUCCUUCGUAAGCGUUUUGAUUCCGCUCUCCAACAAGACCCUUUCCUCCAAACACCAUCUUCCUACCUCAAGUCUGCUUCCCGCCCUUUUCUGAAGGCCAUGGCUGCUUCUGUUACUUUAGGCACAGGCAAUUCCCUGGGUCCUGAGGGUCCCAGCGUCGACAUUGGCACUUCCAUUGCCAAAGGCCUUGGUCCUUUCUUUCACAAUGGAAAGACUUCUGGCAGAAUGCUCUCCCUUGUCGCUGCUGGCUCUGCUGCUGGCCUCUCUGCCGGUUUUAAUACUGCUGUCGCUGGUUGUUUUUUUGCUGUUGAGUCUGUCUUGUGGCCAUCGCCUGCAGAUGCAUCUUUACCACUUACAAAUAAUACUUCCAUGGUCAUACUAAGUGCUGUCAUAGCUUCUGUAGUUUCUGAGAUUGGCCUUGGCUCUCAACCAGCCUUUAAAGUUCCAGAUUAUGACUUCCGCUCCCCCAGUGAAGCUGAGUAA